GCCGUGCGUACUGUCUGAGGCGACUGCGCAUCGACACCACACCCUCGCUAUCCACGGCCACGGCAUUCCGCCUAGUAGCACGGUCAAGGACGGGCAAGAUCACAAACACUAGUCGAAACAAGGUCUCUCGCCGGCGCUCUGCAGCAUCGCGAAGAGCGGUCCUAGGCCCUUGACGUCGAGGUCGCAAGCAGUAUAAAGGCAGCAGACGAUUAACUCCGCGACGCUGUCAGGUGCACUGAUACCAGGAAGGUUAUCGGAAUAUUUGGGCAUCUCUCCCCGUCAUGGCGCAAGCAUCUUCAGUCAACUCGCCUGGAUACUCGACAUGGCUGCCCCUGUCGGCAAACGCCGGCGCUGAACGCCGAUCAAUUGACAUCCUCAAGCCACAGUCGGCCCCCCGCAGCGCGCGACACAGGAGCAUGUCCAUCGACUUCACCCCCAACGGCCCUCACCAGGGCAUGUUUGGCCAGCCAGACAUCGACCAGCCCUUCAGCUCCCUUCAGGGGGGCGACAUCAACUCCGCCCACUCGAGCUCGCACAUGUCCGUCUCCGGUCAUCCCCUCGACAGGAACGACCCGCUCGACAUCGAUGCCCAUGGCAGCUAUGACAUCUUCUCUACCUCCUCCACUGGCUCGCUCGCAUCCCAGAGGUACCGUACCAACGCUUCAUCCUCCUCCUCCCUCGGCCCAAACUACUCCCUCGGCGUCGACCCCAUGUAUCAACAAUCGUCUUUCUCUGAUAACAUGCAGUCCUUCCACUCGUCCAACUCGAACCCCUACGACCUCAUCGGUAGUCUCCCCUCGUCAUACAGCAGCGGCAAACCAUCGCCCAUCACGCCCAAUGAUGUGAGCGCCCUGCCACACUCGUCUGGCUUCCCGUUCUCGAACGGACAGUCGAAAGAUUUUCAGCCGCAUCACAGCUAUCACGAGCCCAUGCUCGACCGCCGCAUCGGUGGUGCAUCAAGCUACUCGAACGACUUCAACGACGAUUUCGGCUCAAUGGGCGUCAACCAUGGUCUCGGUAUCAAUGGUUUCCCCCCUUCAGGUCUUCCCCCGUUCCCUGACCGUUUGGGACGCGUCCAAGGCGAAUCGCGCUUCCAGAACUCGACCGUGCCUUCCCUGACUGCCACGUCUCACCUGGCGCAAAGUCACAAUCCUGAGCUGAUCAGAGGCGUAGCGCCACAGGCGACGCACCUGCCGUCAUUCGACGACAUGAACUUCAUGGGCCCGAGCCCAACGGUCUACGAUCCGCCGCUACGUCUGCCUGCCAGCGUCAACGACGACAUGGCACGUCUCCGGCUACAAGGUUCUGGCGACCUUCAAACGUUCAUUCGGCCGUAUCUGGAUCAGUACAUUAGGACGCCCAACCGUCUGGCAUUCGGCGAGCGCACGGUUAUCGUCAUGUCGUCCAAAGUUGCUCAGAAAUCAUAUGGAACAGAAAAGCGCUUCCUUUGCCCUCCGCCAACAGCCCUCAUGAUCGGUAACUCGUGGUGGUCUGAUGUUCAUCGCCGCGGCGAGGAGCCGAAACUUUGCCCGCCUAGAGUAGUGAUCUCCAUCUCUGGAGAGCCUGCGCCGCAGGAGGGCUCUAUCGAGUGGACGAGUGCCACGGGCAAAGCGUUCGAUGUUUCUGACCCGCCGACAGGUACUACUUACAUCGGGCGCUGCGUCGGCAAGCAACUCUUCAUCUCCGAUGUCGACGAGAAGAAGAAAAAGGUCGAGGCACUGGUGAAGAUUAUGGCUCCUUCUGCCGACGACGAGCCUGAACGUGUUAUGGGCACGUUCCCCAGUCGUCCGAUCAAGGUCAUUAGCAAGCCCAGCAAGAAGAGGCAAAGUGCGAAGAACCUCGAGUUGUGCAUUAACCAUGGCUCGACGAUUUCGCUGUUCCAUCGUCUUCGAUCACAAACCGUCUCCACCAAGUAUUUGUGCGUCUCUGGCUCGGGGUCGUCGUUCAAGGGCUCCGAUGGUGCUCCUCUCAUGGGCUUGGACCAGCGUGCUCGUACGCAGACACCGUCGUUCAUUGCGCGGACUGCUAGCUGGGAUCCAUUCAUCAUGUAUAUCGUCGACGUGAACAAACCUGCUGGUGGCAUCGAUACGCCACCACCCCCGCCGCCUCAGCCGGAGUUCCCUUCUCCUCCGCCUAACGCCAUUCCCUUCACCAACAACGGGUCCCAAAUCCCGAUCUAUUAUAAUCAGACGGUGGUCCUCCAGUGUCUGACCUCGGGCGUAGUCAGCCCGGUGCUCAUCAUUCGUAAGGUUGAUCACCAGACCACGGUAGUUGGUGGAGGUCUCCAAGAAGGUGCCAAGGGCAUUGCCGAUCACUAUUGCUGCCUUGGCGAGGUCUGCGGAGACCCGGUCUCGCAGUUGCACAAGAUCGCGUUUGAGGUCUACGACCCCAGCAAGGGAGCGCCGGAGCCCGGCACCCCGGGCGCCAGCGGCGCAUUCCUGUCUUGUAUGGGCGAGAAGGUCAACACCUACCGCCCCGUCGAAGGCCGCCAGUGGAACUCGAGCAUCACCAAUGCUGUUGAGGCCGACUCGCCUAUUGCAGCGCCUGGCUCGCCGAUUGCGGGUACCCCAACGUCGGCGAACGGCCACGGCGAAUACUUCGGUGCCAAUGGCGGUUCCGGCAGCGCCCCUAACUCGCCUGUCCCCGCCGAGUUUCCCUCGAGUGACGGCGGCAAGGUGAAGAAGGGCAAGCGCGGCUCGUCGAGUGCCGGUGGUCUCAGCAAGCCUGCCUCUCAAAAGGGUCGCCGGCGUCCAACGUCUGCGGGAUCUGCCGGUGGUUCAAUCUCGUCUAGCAGGCGUGGCUCGAGCAGCGACUCGUCGGCUUCCUCUGGUGCUCUCUGGCAGGUGGACAUUGGCGAGACAAGUGUCUGGACGAUCGUCGGCGUCGAUCAAGUCCGAUACAACUUUUAUGUGCCGCCUGUUCUCUUCGACAACCAGAGCGCGCCGCAGACUGGGUCCUUCCCCAUCCCGUCGAAGCCCGUCACCCCCUUCCCCAACGUCGUCAAGUAUCUCCCGCCUGAUCGCGCUGCUGAGGCGCCGAAACCAUGUCCGCAAUCGCGAGCAAUGAUGGCGAAGCCGAACCCGCACGCGUCGAAAAUGCUCACUGUGUACGGAGAGAAUUUCUCGAAGACGGACCCGGUCACCGUGUUCUUUGGCUCCGACCCGUCACCGUACGUCGAGGUUCGGUGCACGGAGGUCUUGGGUUGUCUCCCGCCGGAGUCGAACAACAUGAAGCGCAGGCCUAUUAUCCUGGUUCGGCACGAUGGUACCGUGUUCCCUUCGAAUACAUACUACCCUUGAUUAUACCUGUCGUGUACUUUGCUUCUCUAUCUUGUACUCGCUGCUGAUUCUAUCUUGCGUACAUACCUGGUAGCCGGUUGGACGUUUGUGCUUCACUUCGCAUCUUCAAAGCUCCAUUCUUUGCUGUCGUUAUCUCAUUAUCUAGAACCGCGUCUUGCUACGUUCGUGCUCAUUCUAACCACUAUUUGCAUUGUGUACCUGUACUUGUACAAUAACUGGAUAGACAGUCUAUCUCCGGUCUUAGUACUCAAUGCUGAUUCGCCGUCGUGCGUGAG